GCGUUGUGCAAGUCGUUACGCGCUUACGUCAUACGCGUGCGACACCCACGUCCACCCUCUGACAUUUUCAAUGACAGUUUGCAUAAUUUUUUCUACGUGCCUUUGAUAACACAGGUACCUGAACCAAAAAGUGGCUACUAUGCAAAGAGCCGCACACACAGCUUUGUAUGGCUGGUCUAAUACUGUCGGUCCAGCGAUGAUUCGUCAGUGUUUAAAACACAGAGUGCCCGCACAGCUGAGCUCACGUGCUUACAGUGUGGUCCCGCCCCCACGCGACAGUGAGGAGAAGGAGAUGUUGGACCGCAUACUGCGCGUGGACCAUGCAGGUGAAUACGGGGCCAACUGCAUCUACGCCGGCCAGAUGGCAGUGUUGGGCCGAUCAAGAACUGGACCUCUGAUCCAGGAAAUGUGGGACCAAGAAAAGAAACACCUUGAGAAGUUCAAUGAAAUCCUGGCUGAGAACAGAGUUCGUCCCACAGCACUAUUACCCCUCUGGAACAUCGCUGGGUUUGUAUUAGGUGCGUCCUCAGCGCUGCUGGGCAAAGAGGGGGCCAUGGCCUGCACUGUGGCGGUGGAGGAGAGUAUUUCAGAGCACUACAACAGCCAGAUAAGAACUCUGAUGGAGAAGGACCCCGACAGAUACAUUGAACUGUUACAUGUCAUAAAGGAAUUCAGAGACGAUGAGAUGGAGCAUCACGACACGGGACUGGAGCACGAUGCUGAAAGUGUACCUGGAUACUGGCUGCUAAAAAAUGCAAUACAGCUAGGCUGCAAAGCUGCAAUAUAUGUCUCUGAACGUGUCUGACUUGUGUGUAAAAUCAUGAAAAAUGUUGACUAAUGUUUGUUUUGAUAUGUCUCAGUUUGUGUAAAUACAUUUAUUUGACUUUUCACGUCAGUAAAAAUUCUGCUCCAUUGUCAUUUGAAGCACCUGGUCAUGCAUCACUUUGUUUUACUACUUCGAGAUUAAAAGUAUUGUUUACAGACA